AUGUCGGACGCGUACAAGAAAGCCAAGCCCGGCCGCCUCGUCUUCAAGGGCGGCGAGGCCGCCUCCAUCCACAAGCCAAAGAAGCACAAGAAGAAUAAGAAGCCCGCCUCCGAUGCCCCCGCCGACGGCGACGUCGAGGCCGCGGCCGCGGCCGCGGCCGCCGAGGGAGCUGAAGGUGGAGGAGGUGCCGCCAGCGGCACCGGCGACGACUACACCAUCGACGCGGCGAAGAAGAUGAAGUAUGAGGAACUCUUCCCAGUGGAGUCGAAGAAGUUCGGGUACGACCCCGCCAACGCCGCCCGCGCCGCCGCCCGGAACCGCACUGUCGAGGAGGCCCUCGACGACCGCGUCCGCAAGAAGGCCGACCGCUACUGCAAGUGA